AUGACGUCACAGAACCCAUCUCCAGCCUCUUGGAAGAAGUGCAGCUUGCCGAUGUCCGUGGACGCGCUGCGGGCGCAUGACUUGAUUGAUGUUCUGCGGCUCACUGCGUGUCCAGCACGUGUUGCCAAGCGAGCUGGGAUGAGCGAAGAGGCGAGGAUAGCAAGAGGUGCGCUGGCAGACAGCCCUCACAGCCUUUAUUGGAUAAACGAGCUGGGCCGCGUCUAUGCCAACGAGGCACAGUGGGACAAGUCCGAGAUCGUCCUGCUGCGAGGAUGGAAGCGUGCGGGUGAGAUAACGGAUCCUGAGGUACGAUUCCGCUUCUUGAUUAAAUUGUGCGAGGUAUCGUACCAUCUGCAGAAGUACCGGCAGGCGUUCGCCGUCCUUAGUGAUAUCCAGUUAGGAGCCACAGUCGGGCGAGCAGCUCAGUGGAUUUUUGCUGCUGGCCUGUCGAGUGCAUGCUCGUAG